UGUGUGCGAGCAAGCGAGCGAUACAGUGGGAGGAGUGUGCACCUGUUAGUUAAGCUGCACCUGGUUGUCAGAGAGAAAAGUAUACACGAAAGCCUGACAGAAAGGAGAGGAAAAGGUGAGAAAAAAAAAGGUUUCAGGUCAUCAACACAGGGCAAUGAUCUCACUCAGUAGAUUGGACUGUCAACAGCAUCGAGAGGACUAAACUAAAGGCCAGUAACCUCUGGAGGGAAGACAGCAACUUCAGCCUCUGUGACGCACUUUUCACUUGCACAGGGCUCAUCACUCCUUGGCCAUGGCUACGGCUGAGCCAGCGCCUGCCUGGUGGAAGCUGACCUUCCUCCGCAAGAAGAAAUCUGAGGCCAAGGAGUUGUAUGAGGUACCUGAGGAGUACAGUAAUAAUGCUGAGACGGCACCCGGGACGAGCAAUACGCCCGGGACGCCCGACGACAGCCAGUUCAAUGCUCGCCUUGAACGCAUUGUGGACAAAACAGCCACAAAAGGACGCCACGUUAAAGUCUCCCACUCAGGCCGCUUCAAGGAGAAAAAGCGCAUCAGGGCAACAUUAGCUGAAAACCCGGAAUUGUUCCCCGACCAAGACACUUGCAACGGGAAUCAGAGCACAGGGAAUUGAAGGCUGGGACUGUGCACCUUAAUGUGCAAAUAAAUAUAAAACUCAACUGUUUUUGAAUGCUGGAUUCAUUUAGGCAUCAACUAAAUCAAGCAAAAAAACAUGUUACUGUGUUUUAGUAGGGUUCUGUUUAGCUAGUCUUGAUUGCAUUUGCAAGUAGUCCAAUAGACUUGGUACUGGAUUUUUUUUUUUUUUAAAUCAUGAAUA